GAAUCCCUGGAAUCGCGGCGCGCCCGCGGCCGGGCGGAGCGCCUGGAGCGGCUGCUGCGGCUGAACGAGCAGCGCUGCGGGCUCAGCCCCGUCUACGGCCGCGAGGUUUUGGCUUUCCUGACGCUGCCGCCGCGCCGCUUCGCGCCGCCAGGGGGCGCCCUGGACCGCGCCGUGCUCCGCCCCCCCCAGCGCCUGCAGCAGAUGAAGCGGUGCUGGACAGGUUCCUGGUGGCCGUGCCGGCGGUGGCCUCGCGGGGGGUGUCCCUGCACAGCGGCCGCCCCCCGCCCUGGGCGCAGCGGCAGCGGCAGCGCCUGGAGCAGCACCUGAGGGAGGAGCUGCGGGGCGCGGGGGGCGCACCUGGGCCAGGGGGCUGCACACGCAGUUCCCAGACCCCCGGCUGGUGCAGUACGACU